GGUGUGUGUGUGUGUUUUGAUAUCGAUGAAUUAGAGAUCUCCAGAUUGAAAAGAAGUCUGGAGGUCGCUGUUGACUUGACUCUCCGCCCCGCUGGUUUGUAUCGCUGUUGUUGAGAACAGAACAAGCCCGAUUGAGGAGUGUUAAAGGGCGCAUAUCAAUCUUUUACUGGAAUAACAACCCCGAGGGCAUUUGCGCCUCACUGGGACCCGGCAGCGUCUCCACAGCAACUCCCCGGAGCUGAAAGACAACGUCACCCGGACUAGUCGCGUUGAAACUGGAGUUGGGAGUUCUUUUUGGAGCCCUGCUUAGAGAUAUAAAGACAACAUUUCAAAACCGAAACUGUAUUUUACACUGGUAGGGUUUGAAACGAAAUUACACCCCCGCUCUCCUCCCCCAGAUGCAAACUUUUAAAGCACGCAUUACGUCUGACAGGAAUAUCGUUUUCAUUGUGCAAAGUUCGCCUUUGUUUUAAUGGUGAGGCGCACGGCAUUGCAUGUGUGAGGCGAUGAAGGCAGACUCGCGUUGCUUUCUGUCCUGCGUGCGGCUCGUUGUUUAAGAAUCGGAAUUUCUGGAGUGAGAACUUCGCCUCACCUGCGUCACAGUGGAACUUAGGGUUAUUCGGGACGCCCCCCUCGCACAGGGGGUGGGGUGGGGUGGAGAUCUUCAAUGCAGGUGUACCUGUUUGACGGGAGCAGCGAUAAUAAUAUUAACAUGCCUUUGUUUCGAAGCCAUGUGUACCAUGUGCAGCCAGACCGGGUUUCGGCGGAGACCGACACUAUACGAGGAAUCAGCUGGACCCCGUUGCCUGAGAAUCUGGACUCUGCUGAAACCCUGAAGCAGUUCUCGUCGGAGCGUGUGUGGAGAGCUGGCAGAGUCCUGCACAGCGCCUUGCUGGAGCACACCCCCUCGCUGAUCAGAGACAGGAAGCACCAUCUCAAGACCUACAGGCAAUGCUCGUCCGGCCGGGAGCUUGUUGAUUGGCUGAUCAGGCUCAGCGUCUCUGUCCAAUCACGGAGCCAGGCGGUGGGGGUGCUGCAGGUGUUGCUUGACGAGGGCGUGCUUGCUCACGUCAAGCAGGAGUUGAACUUCCAGGACAGGGACUCGCAGUUCUACCACUUCCCGGAGGCGGAGUCUGGAGUGGAGCCGGCGGCCAAUGAGAAGGAGCGGGAGGAGGAGCUUCAGGAGUCCCUGCUGUUGCUGAUUCAGAUGGGGCCCGAUGCUCUCCUCACUAUGAUCCUGCGGAAACCUCCAAACCAGAGGACCGCUGAGGAGCUGGAGGUGAUCUUUGAGGAGCUUCUGCACAUCAAAGCCGUGGCGCACCUCUCCAGCUCAGUUCGGAGGGAGCUCGCGGCUGUGCUGGUGUUCGAGUCUCACGCCAAGGCUGGCACGGUCUUGUUCAGCCAGGGAGACAAGGGGACCUCGUGGUACAUCAUCUGGAAGGGCUCAGUGAACGUGGUCACGCACGGGAAGGGCUUGGUGACCACGCUUCACGAGGGUGAUGAUUUCGGUCAGCUGGCCCUGGUGAACGAUGCCCCCCGAGCCGCCACCAUCAUCCUGCGCGAGGACCGCUGUCACUUCCUGCGCGUCGACAAGCACGACUUCAUCCGCAUCCUGAAGGAUGUGGAGGCCAACACGGUCCGGCUGGAGGAGCACGGGAAGGUGGUGCUGGUGCUGGAGAAGAGCCCUAGAGGAGGACCAGCCAAUCAGGGAGCUUCUGGGAACAGCCACAAAUACACUGUGAUGUCUGGAACCCCCGAGAAAAUUCUAGAACACUUACUGGAAUCUGUGCGCCUGGAUUCCGGCUGCAGUGACCUCACAGAGACCUGCAUGACUGAUUUCCUCCAGACCCACAAGGUCUUCAUGCCCACCUCGCUGCUCUGCCCUGCCCUGCUGCACCACUACCUCGCGGAGCCGAGUGAGGGCUCUGAGCUGGAGAAGGCUGCCUAUUCUCUCAACAAGAAGCAGAAGAUCCUUCGCCUGGUCGGGCAGUGGGUGUCUCUGUACGGGGAGCUGCUGAAGGAGGAUCCCAUCGCCAUGGAUUUUCUGGAGAGGCUGACCGAGGGGGUCCAGAGUGACUCUCGCUUGACCAGCAUGCUGAGGGAGCAGCUCCAGGACCACAGGAAGACCCGAAUAUCGGAAAGCAGCUGCCAGACACCUCCCCCGGCCCAGGCCCUGAACUGUUUAAACUGGUUUGCCAAUCCGGAGGAGCACCUAGGCAGCUGCCAGCCAAUCAGAGCGCAGGACAGAGUCCUGCAGAAGUACUUCAGACCGGACCACACCUUCGUCAGCCUCAUGCUGCCCGUGAACGUCUCUGCGCAGGAAGUGAUGUCAUCGCUGGUGAACCCCGGGGGGAACCACGUCCUGGUGAAGAUGAACUCGUCUGGAGACAAGCUGCAGUUGAAGCUGGAUGCCACCAGGGUGCACACUGCCCUGGGGCUGAAUGAGAGGCUCUUCAUCUGCACUGCCGAUCAGGUCGACAAGCUGACCCCCCUGAGGGAGCAGCUCGGGCCGGAGGUGGGCACCACCGACUCCCUCGAGCAGAUGAGCUCCAAGGACCUUGCCAGCCAGCUCAGCGACUACGACUGGGAGCUCUUCAGCUGCGUGCACCAGGUGGAGCUGGUGUACCAUGUCUUCGGGCAGCACAAGUUCCACGGCGCCACGACGGCGAACCUGCAGAGAUUCAUGCUGCGCUUCAACGAGGUGCAGUACUGGGUCGCCACGGAGAUGUGCCUCUGCAGUGAAAUGGGCAGGAGAGCCCAGCUGCUCCGGAAAUUCAUCAAGAUCGCCAGCAUUCUCAAAGAGCAGAAGAACCUGAACUCCUUCUUUGCCGUCAUGUUUGGACUCGGGAACAGUGCUGUGCGACGGCUGUCUCUGACCUGGGAGAGACUCCCAAACAAAACCAAAAGGAUCUACUCAGCCUACGAGAGGUUAAUGGACCCCUCCCUCAAUCACAGGGCGUACCGCCUGGCCGUCUCCAAGCUCAGCCCCCCUUCCAUCCCCUUCAUACCUCUGCUGCUCAAAGACAUGACCUUCAUUCAUGAGGGCAACGAGACUCACCUGAACAGCCUGGUCAACUUCGAGAAAAUGCGCAUGCUUGCAAAGACUAUGAAGGUCAUGGAGAACUGCCGGAGUCAGGUCUACAUUCCAACGUCCCCACAGAAGAGCCGGAGCGACAGAGUGUCUGCGGAGAGCGCAGCUGUGAGGAUCUCCGCCUGUUCGGAGCAGUCUCUGUCCCUCCGGAGCCCAAUCGGGAUCCGUCUCUACGUUCAGAACCUCAGAGUGAUCGAUAACCAGCGGACCCUGACCCAGCUCUCCCGAACACUGGAACCCUGAGGACAGACGGACAGACAGACAGGGAGGACCACAGCACUGCCAUAGGAAUCCUGUCAUUGCAAUACAGACUGCCUGCGUGCUCCACUGCCAUGGGAAUCCUGUCAUUGCAAUACAGACUGCCUGCGUGCUCCACUGCCAUGGGAAUCCUGUCAUUGCAAUACAGACUGCCUGCGUGCUCCACUGCAAUGGGAUUUCCUGGGACCACCGCUGGACUCCUCCUCCGGGACUCUGCAGUGGGAUGUGCUGCUGAGGGCACAGCGUCGAUUCCAGCCUGCUGGACUGCUUCUUCAAUGGGAGUCUGACGCUGCGAAUGCAGUGAGAUUGCAUUGCCUGCCUGCCCAUCUUCAGAUGAAUGCGGCGCUGAACUGCAGACAAAACGCGGUCCUGAUUAACAGCGCCAAGACUUUAAAAGAAAAAAAAUAAACUCACAAGUAAACCUCGCUGCCUGCAGUGCCUUAAAAACCAAGCCUUCCGUUUUCAAAAAGAGCCGUUCUGGUAGAGCCCGCGCAGCUCAAAGAAUGGAGCCGCCCCGCGGAGCCCAGCGAACCCACCCCCGGAGCCAAUGACACCUCUGAGAAGAAGAGGUGUCAUUGGCUAUAUGCUAGUGAUGGAGGUGCAGUUCUCAAUUUGUUUUCCACAGACUAAACUCAUCCUGCCAGAAAAGACUUCACCCUUUCCAAUUUGGAAUGGUCUGUUUCGGAUUCCCCUGUGAUGCAUUUUCCAGUAAUGCAAAAUCAACUGAUAACCACAGGACCCUUUCAUUUAAACAAAACAGGGGUGGAGGUCGAAUUGGUACAUAUGCAUCGUUCUCUCUGUUCCUCACCUGCUUCGUAUUGGAAUGGAGGUAUCUUUAUAUGUAUAUAAAAUUAUGAAUAAAAUCAACUGCAAAGUGA